AUGGCCCAGCCCUACCCUCCAGCCACAUACCCACCACCCCCACAGAAUGGCAUCCCUGCAGAGUAUGCUCCUCCGCCACACCCACACCCAGCACAGGAUUACUCAGGGCAGAGCACAGUACCUGAGCAUGCCUUGACUCUCUAUACGCCAGCACAGAGCCACACUGAACAGCCGGGCACUGACGCCAGCACGCAGUCCAUAGCGGGCACACAAACAGUACCGCAGACAGAUGAAGCGGCACAGACAGACAGCCAGACGCUACACCCGCCGGACAGUGGCUCUGAUAAGCAGCAGCCCAAACGGUUACAUGUUUCCAACAUCCCUUUCCGCUUUCGGGACCCUGACCUGCGGCAAAUGUUUGGGCAAUUUGGAAAGAUCCUGGAUGUUGAGAUCAUUUUCAAUGAACGUGGCUCCAAGGGUUUUGGGUUUGUAACUUUUGAAACUAGUGCAGAUGCCGAUCGGGCACGGGAGAAGCUGAACGGCACCAUCGUAGAAGGACGCAAAAUUGAGGUCAACAAUGCCACAGCACGGGUAAUGACAAACAAGAAGGCGGCCAAUCCCUACACAAAUGGUUGGAAGCUGAACCCUGUAGUGGGCACCGUCUAUGGCCCUGAGUUCUAUGCAGUGACAGGUUUCCCAUACCCAGCCACAGGAACAGCAGUAGCAUACCGAGGGGCACAUUUACGGGGAAGGGGCCGCACAGUCUACAACACGUUUCGGGCAGCUCCCCCACCACCUCCCAUCCCCACUUACGGAGCAGUGGUUUACCAGGAUGGAUUCUACGGUGCUGAAAUUUAUGGAGGUUAUGCAGCCUACAGGUAUGCCCAGCCUGCAGCAGCAGCAGCUUACAGCGACAGUUACGGCAGAGUUUAUGCAGCUGCAGACCCCUACCAUCACACCAUCGGCCCUGCUGCCACCUACAGCAUUGGCACCAUGGCUAGUCUAUACCGAGGAGGGUACAGCCGCUUCACUCCCUACUAG